AUGGCAGCAACUUCGUGCAUCAGCAGCAUUCGCGCACCCGCGCCCGUUAGAUUAGCGACCCGGCGCUCCGGACUCCGCGGUGUCUCUCGUGUCACGCCUCAGAAAAAGCCGCGUGGUCGCGCAACGCUGGCAGUUGCCUCGGAAUCCAAGACGUUUGAUGAUGACUGGCUGAAGGCAGACACCACUGUUCACCUUCUCACUCUUUUUGGAUGGUCGAUACCAUCGGGCAUUGCUAUCAAAGCAUACGGCGACACCUCUCUUCUUGCUGCGUUUGCGGACUCCAUCGGGAGCAACUUGGCCAAUUUUCCUCAAGGGCCUGGUCUUGACGAUAAGUUCUGGCUAUACCUUAUCACGUGGCACAUCGGCCUGUUUUCAACUAUGCUUCUCGGGCAAAUUGGUUGGCAGGGACGCAAACAGGGCUACUUCAAGUAGUCAGUAGACACCUUACUUGGAACACCGAAGCUUUUUUGUGCGCCAAGACAGAGACAUUUCGUUCGUUCAGGUCAUAGUGUGUCAAUAUAUGCAUUACCAUCUACCUAGGC